AUGAAUACUUUUGCCAACCCACCUCCAUCGUUCAACUUUUUAUUCUCCUUCCACUUCCGUCUUUUAAUGCCAAACUAUUUUCCUCUUCUUCAUUUUACUAUCUUUCUUUCUUCAACUUUCCUUUUUCUCUUCAUCGCCUUUCUCUUAAUCGUUUCACUUUCUUCUUUCUAUACUUUCAUCCUAUCUCUCUCUAACUCGAAGACACCCCCACGCCGCCUUACAACGACAACCGCUGCCAUUGCUAAAAUAUCUGUUACUCCUGACUGCACCACUGCUACUAUUUACUUAACUUCCUCAGUAAUAAAUGCUGUCGAUUCGUUUCGACGUACAGUAUAUAACACUAUCUAUCUAUCUAUCUAUCUAUCUAUCUAUCUAUCUAUCUAUCUAUCUAUCUGUUAUGAUAUUAAUUUGGGGGAUUCUACUAUAUCUAUCUAUCUAUCUAUCUAUCUAUCUAUCUAUCUAUCUAUCUAUCUAUCUAUAAUGUUAUAUUAUUUGCGCCUGAGAGAACGUUCACUCUUUUCUCUCAUUCCUUCCCAGGAAAAAAUAAAUUCUUUGGAGUGGACAUUUUCUUCUUCUUCCAUUCCUUUUCAAUCUUGUUUUCGUUCUCUGUCCUUCUUUUCUUCAUUUUGUUUUUUUAUCUCUGUAUUUUCUCUCUCUCUGUCCUUCCUUCCUUCCUUCUUUUUUUUCUUUCUCUGUCCUUCUUUCCUUUUUCUUUUUUCUUUCCUUCCUUCUUUUGCUCUUUCUCUGUUCUUCCUUCCUUCCUUCCUUCCUUCCUUCCUUCCUUCCUUCCUUUUUCUCUCUCUCCAUCCAUCCUUCCUUCCUUUCUUCUCUUUUUUUCACUCUCUGUCUUUCCUUCCUUCUUUUUUUGCUUGUCCUUCUUUUUCUCUGUCCUUCUUUCUUUUUCCUUUCUCUGUCCUUCCUUCCUUCCUUUUUUCUCUCUCCAUCCUUUUCCUUCCUUCCUUUCUUCUUUUUUUCUCUCUCUGUCUUUCUUUCCUUCUUUUUUGCUCCCCUGUCCUUCUUUUUUUUCCCCUUCUUUCUUUCUUUUUCCUUUCUCUGUCCGUCCUUCUUUUUCCUUCCUUCUUUUGCUCUUCCUCUGUCCUUCCUUCCUUCCUUCCUUCCUUCCUUCCUCCAUCCCUUCCUUCCUUCCUUCCUUUUUUCUCUCUCCAUCCAUCCUUCCUUCCUUUCUUCUCUUUUUUUCACUCUCUGUCUUUCCUUCCUUCUUUUUUUGCUCCCCCUGUCCUUCUUUUUUUCCCUGUCCUUCUUUCUUUUUUCCUUUCUCUGUCCGUCCUUCUUUCCUUCCUUCUUUUGCUCUUUCUCUGUCCUUCCUUCCUUCCUUCCUUUUUCUCUCUCUCCAUCCUUCCUUCCUUCCUUUUCUUCUCUUUUUUUCUCUCUCUGUCUUUCCUUCCUUCUUUUUUUGCUCCCCCUGUCCUUCUUUUUUUUCUCUGUCCUUCUUUCUUUUUUCCUUUCUCUGUCCGUCCUUCUUUCCUUCCUUCUUUUGCUCUUUCUCUGUCCUUCCUUCCUUCCUUCCUUCCUUUUUCUCUCUCUCUCCAUCCAUCCUUCCUUCCUUUUUUCUCUUUUUUUUCACUCUCUGUCUUUCCUUCCUUCUUUUUUUUUGCUCCCCCUGUCCUUCUUUCUUUUUUCUCCCUCUAUCCUUCUUUUUUUCUUUCUUUGUCCUUCUUUCUUUUUUCUUUUUCUCUGUCCGUCCUUCACUUUUUUCUUUUUUCUCCCGCCGUCCUUCUCGUUUUUCUUUUCCUUCCCUUCUUCUGUUCUUCUUUCUUUUUUUUAUAUAAUGGAAUCCAAUCAUUGCUGAACAUGACAAUUUUUUGGGCUCCCCAGAAUUAA